AUGAGAGCUCUCCAUUUCUUAGAAGUGGGAUGUGGUUGCGGGUGCUCCGCUAAGUUACCUAAAGAAGAGUUCGCUGUGCUGCGGGAAGACUUUCAAGCGCUAACAAAACCUGAACAGGACAUCUUCUUAAUGGCCCAACUCAAAUCUAUGGAUGGAGGAGCAAUUAGCAUUGGCCGUAAUUACUUGGAAAACAUCCGAAAUCACUUGCUCAAGAAUGGUCUUCUACCACGGGUCCAUGUACAUGGCUUACCCAGCCCAGUAAGAAAUGUCAACCGAGUUACCCAAUCAAUUAUUUUCCUACCAGCGGAAAUGAGUUAUAAAUCUGUUCAUCGUGACUUUUUGGCUGGUCUAGAAAAAGAUAGUAAACUACGUGCCCUUAAGUAUGAUGCAUUUCGCAAGUUAUGGCAUCAACUUACCCCGUACAUUCAAAUCAUGAGCUCCCGAACCGACUUAUGCGAUACCUGUCAACAGUUGCGGAAUGACUUGCAAUUUAAAGCCCGCAAGGAGGAAGAGGCCCAAGAUCUAUUAAAGAAAUAUAAAGAGCAUCUAGCCAAAGCCAAGUUAGAGCGAAACUAUUAUAACAAAAAUACCAAGUUGGCAGAAGAACAUAGAAAGCUCGUCGACUAUAUUUAUUCCAUAAUGAAAGGCAAAAUACCAUACCGUAGCAUUGAUGUGGCUGCCCACUACAUGCACUUAUUUGGUAUCCAAGAUGAAGCGGUCCGUGAGCAACUUAAUUAUGUGCUGGAUGAGAACGAACUUCUUGGAAAGGGUCCGAAUGGUAUCCUUAGCCUAGUCUUCGAUGGGAUCAAGCAAUUGAAUAAAGGCGAGAAGCACCUGAAAGUCACUUGCGACAAUGCUGGUGGACAAAACAAAAACAAUGCCACUAUUUGGUUUUACUUGUAUCUGGUAAUUGCAGGCUAUUACGAAAUAGAUUGUGUCGAUCAUGUCGCAGACGUGGUGAAAAGGUCCAGUAUUGCCGGACUAAACAAAGCGCGGCGUUAUAAUGAUAAAGAGGGUUUUCAAUAUUAUGAUAUUUUAAGCAGUUUGGCAGCCUACUUCAUGAAACUGCCGGGCAUGCAAAAAUUUCAGCACUUCCUUUUCACCAAUAUUAAUCCCGGCGUAGUCAAAACUCAAAAAACUGUGAACGGUCCUUUCCAGGAAUUCAAGUUAAUAAAAACUAGUCAAUUUGAGACUUCAAAAGUCAUAGAAAAAAUUAAAGCGUUAUCAUUUCCAGUGCUGGUGCCUCCUCUGAUGAAAUAUGAACGACAAGAAUAUCUCUAUAAUUAUAUUCGCCCCUUUGUCCGAGAUGAAUUUAAAGAUAUUACUUGCCCAAAACCAUUG